AAAGUAAUUAUAGUGGGACUGGAUAAUGCAGGGAAAACCACCAUUCUUUACCAAUUCUUAAUGAAUGAAGUGGUUCAUACAUCUCCAACCAUAGGAAGCAACGUUGAAGAGAUAGUUGUGAAGAACACUCAUUUUCUUAUGUGGGAUAUUGGUGGUCAAGAAUCACUGCGCUCAUCCUGGAACACGUAUUACUCAAACACGGAGUUCAUCAUUCUUGUUGUUGAUAGCAUUGACAGGGAACGACUAGCCAUUACAAAAGAAGAAUUGUACAGAAUGUUGGCUCAUGAGGAUCUACGGAAGGCUGCAGUUCUUAUCUUUGCAAAUAAACAGGAUAUGAAAGGGUGCAUGACAGCAGCUGAAAUCUCUAAAUACCUCACCCUUAGUUCAAUUAAAGAUCAUCCAUGGCACAUUCAGUCCUGCUGUGCUUUAACAGGAGAAGGGUUAUGCCAAGGUCUAGAGUGGAUGACCUCCCGGAUCGGUGUGAGAUAA